CGGAAGUGAAAGCUAACAUAAAAGUAGGCAGUAGAAAGGCUUCAGAACACGGCCAAAAAAACACACGUUCUCUAGUCGGUGGGAUUGGUUUCAUUGCCUGUUUUUUGGGGUCUCUAUUUGAUUGGUUGUACUAUGGAUUAAACCUAGAAACAAGUUAGUAAUUGAUGAAGGGACAACACUCUAGAAAAAGAAACUGAAAGCUUGAGAGAGCCAGCGGGACACUCCUGGCAAAAUGGCAAAGGUCUCUUUAUGGAGUUAUGUGUCCAAGAUGCCAUCCAAGCAGUUUGAAAGGUUGUAUCAGGAUUUUCCACAAAAGAUACGUGGUCUGCUGGCUGACUGGUUGGAGAACCAACCCUGGGAAUUUAUCAAUGGGAUGGAUACAUUCUCCACGGAAAUGGCAAACUCAUUAAUACAGAAACUGGUGGAGGAACUUGAGAGGAUCUCCACGAUUUGCACAAAUGAUGCUUGCUUGGUUCUUCCAUUAGCAGAAAAGCUCAAGUCUAUAACCCCACAAAUGACAAUGCAAAUAGUGGAACUGUUCAAAACUAUAUUGGAAGGUGAAAGGACGGAGGUCUUAAAGCAGUUUCCACGAUUAAGGAUGACCUUCUGCCAGAAACAAGAGGAAAUGCAGUUCAAUUUCCGCAUUAUGAUGUUGCAGCAUAAAAUAAAGAAGGCCACGAUUGUUCAGCAGCAACUUAAGCUCACAAAAGAAAAUAUGAGCUUCCUCAAACAGAUGCAUGAUUUGCCAAAACUACAAAUGCAAUGGAUUAUGUUGGUUAAGGAUGCAUUUGAUGUGCUUUUGAGUGCACAGAAACAAGCAAUUAAGAAACUAAACACCUGGAAGAGACAACAGCAGCUGGCUGGAAAUGGAGCUCCUUUUGAUGAAAAUUUGCUUCCUCUACAAGAAAGGUUUGAAGUUCUUUACAGUAUGUACCUUGAGUUCGACCAGAUGGUCAAGGACUUUGGCUUGAUAGGAGAGCAAGCACCUCCUGACCUUUUAGAACAAAUAAAUAGAUCAAUAGGUGAUCUUGUUAAAAGCUCUUUGCUGGUUGACAAACAACCCCCUCAAGUAUUGAAGACCCAGACAAAGUUUCAAGCCAGUGUGAACCUCUUGCUGGGAUUCCGGAUAUUAAAUGGCAUUACCAAAAUGCCUGUUGUGAAGGCAUAUAUCAUCACUGAAAAAAAAGCACAGGAACUAUCCCAAAUAUCUCCAAGCGAGUCAUUUAAUGAAGGUUCAGGGGACAUUGAGAACGGAAGAUCUUCACUAGAACUCACACCGGCCACCAGGACUUGUGGAGCAGUUUUUAAAAACAUGUUACUGAAGAAGAUAAAGCGAUGUGAGAGGAAAGGGUCAGAGUCAGUUACAGAAGAAAAAUGUGCUAUCCUAUUCAUAGUUGAAAUCAACUUGAAUUCUUCUGAAAUGCCAUUCCACCUCCAGGCAUUAUCGUUGCCUAUAGUGGUGAUAGUCCAUGGCAAUCAAGAUAACAAUGCAAAGGCUACAAUACUGUGGGACAAUGCCUUUGCAGAAAUGGAACGGCGCCCUUUCCAUGUAGAAGAGCGAGUCCCCUGGUCUAAGAUGUGCCAUACGCUGAAUCUGAAGUUUGUAUCUGAAGUGGGGACAAAACAGGAGCUCCUUCCAAAGCACUUCUUGUUUCUUGCGCAGAAGAUUUUCAAUGAAAAUAACUUAACUGAGGAGGAUUUGAAAGAUCGUACUGUAUCCUGGACCCAGUUUAACAAGGAGCCACUUCGGGAAAGAAACUUCACAUUUUGGCAAUGGUUUGAUGGUGUUGUGGAUCUCACCAAAAAAUUCUUGAAAAACUAUUGGUCAGACGGGCUUAUUAUGGGGUUUGCCAGCAAGCAAUAUGUUCAAAGUCUUCUAGGUUCUGAGGCUGAGGGGACUUUCCUGUUGCGAUUCAGUGACUCAGGGAUUGGGGGUAUCACCAUCGCAUACAUUGUGCGUGGAGAGGAUGGUUGUGGACAGAUUCAAAACAUUCAGCCAUUUACGGCAAGAGAUCUCCAAAUUCUAAGCUUGGGGGACCGUGUUAAAGACGUGAAAGAACUGAAGAUACUGUACAAAGGGAGACCAAAGGACAAAGCCUUUGAAAAAUACUUUACAAAGAAUAAGACUGCAAACACGUCUGGAUAUGUCCCUGCUAAAAUUAAAUUUGAGGUGGAAGGGGGUGAUGGCAACCAACAGAUCAGUCAUCAAACGAUGCCUGGGUUUGGGAUAGAGGAUAUGUAUAGAGCACCGCAAAGUACCUUUCAAUCUCCCAGCUAUUCUCCAUCACAUGGUCCCAUGAUCCUAAGUGAUAUAGGCCUGGUUCCCAACUCGAGUCCACUUGCAGACCCAUACAAUCAAUUUGCCCCUCCGGAUCUUUAUAGUCUUCUAAAUCCAGUUCCUACCUGCAGCCAAGACAUAAGUUAUCUAUAUCAGCCUCAACAGCCAAUCUACCCAGUUCCAGAAACCCGCAUUUCCCAGCAGCCUCUGUUCCCAAACUCUGGGCCAGACAGCACCGAUAUAACUUCGACAGACAUGGAAGUUUCAAGUUACAUUGAUGAUUUUUUGGCAAAAGAAGAGUCAAUUAUUGACACACUUACAAACCCUGCAUACAAUUUGAAUCGAAACUGGGACGACGUGAUUCCUCAUCCAUCAAAUCUUUAA